UGGUCUAAUUUAAACAGUGAACGGGUCAAUGGCUAACGUUCCUUUUGCUUUGUUAAACAACUAACUUUCUAAUUCAUUAAAGCUAACGUUAGCCAGCUGAGUGCUAUUCCCUCACAUGUGACGCCAUAGCUGUUUAUUUUCAGGGGGUAAUUCAGCAAACCCUAGUACAAAACUAUGCGGUUUUUUAAGUGUGUUUUCCCAGGUGAGCUGAGCUGGCAUUGAUACACCUGUGAAGACUGUGAGCAGCAGCUCCGAUCCUGCAGCAGCAUGUCCUCUCAUGAUGGAGAAGGCACUGCAGAGCAGACCUCUAACGUUUCCACCCCAGAGGAGACUGAUUCCGCCAUCAUCACCGUCUACAUCGGAGCCACUGUGCCCACUGGCUUUGAGCACACAGCUGCGGAGGAAGUCCAGGAGAAGAUUGGUGUCGAUGCACGAAUCAGUAAAGAUCGAGGCCGCAUAUACUUUCCAAUCUCUACUGACAAACUUUUCCAGGUUCAUCGUCUGCGGUCUGUAGACAAUCUUUUUGUUGUGGUGGAAGAAUAUGAUCAUUACCAGUUUAAAGAAUCAAAGGAAGAGACACUGAUGGAGUUGCAGCAGCUUGCCUCUAAACUUCCUUGGUCUAAUGCUCUGAAAGUUUGGGAGCUGAACAGAUCCCUGAAAAAGAAGAAAGGCCACAGGAAAGGUGGAAACAGCACCAGAGUAAAGCCUGACAGCGAGGCCAGUGUCGCUGAUACUCGGCAGCAAGAGCUACCUCGGGAGACGUCUCCAGCUGGAGGUGACGCCAAGACAGAGAGCGUGGCUGACCCUGAGAGCUGCCAGCAGGACUCGGAGGAGGCCUUGCCCGAGGCCAGACUCAUCAAGUUUCGUGUGACGUGCAACCGAGCCGGGGACAAACACAGCUUUUCCUCUAAUGAGGCAGCCAGAGACUUUGGUGGGGCUGUGCAAGAAUUCUUCCAGUGGAAAGCAGACAUGACAAAGUUUGACAUAGAGGUUUUACUCAACAUACAUAACGAGGAGGUGGUGGUUGGGAUUGCACUCACUGAGGAGAGUCUUCACAGGAGGAACAUCAGCCACUUUGGACCCACCACCCUGCGUUCAACACUGUGCUACGGCAUGCUCAGGUUGUGUAAACCUCAGGUAUCUGAUGUAAUACUUGACCCCAUGUGUGGAACUGGAGCCAUACCACUGGAGGGUGCUAUUGAGUUCAACAGCUCAUUCUAUGUUGCUGGUGAUAACAACGACAUGGCCGUUAACCGAACCGUCAAUAAUGUUUCUCACAUUCAAAAAAGGAGAGCAGACAAGGGAAGCUCAUCUGGGUUGCCCAUCGAUACGGUGCAGUGGGAUGUGUGCAACUUACCCAUAAAGACCAGCUCUGUUGACAUUAUCAUCACUGACAUGCCCUUUGGGAAGAGAAUGGGCUCACGGAAGAAGAACUGGGACCUAUACCCCUCUUGUCUCAGAGAAAUGGCUCGUGUGUGUCGACCAGGCUCAGGAAAGGCCGUCCUCCUGACUCAGGACAAGAAAUGCUUCGCAAAGGCUGUUUCGCAGAUGGGAGGACUGUGGAGGAAGGUGCUCACUGUUUGGGUGAACGUUGGAGGUUUACAUGCUGGAGUCUACCUCCUGAAGAGGACCGCGGCCGUGUUUGGUCAAACACCUGAGGAUGUUCGUCAACCAAGAGGGAUGGCUGACACUCAGAUGGAUGAGAGGGACAACAAAUGACGUAGCUUUCAUCUCCCAUCCAUGGUGUGCCACUUGAGAUCCGGCUUAUUUCCUGUCCAAGUCUCUCUGGAAUAAAAAGGCAGCUUUGUUCAGUAAUUUGGGUUAAAUUUGAGAUUCAGCUGCUGUGAAAAUGUUCACAAUUUUUGACAUCAUGAAAAAAUAAGUUGCUAAUCGUACAAAAACCACAUAAUGUUCUGUUUGUGUUCAUAAUAAAGGUUAGAAAUCGUG